AAAAAUGACAAGUUGGUUGUUGCUGGUGGUGUUGAGUGUUGACAUAGCUUGUCACGGCAUCACAGGUGCCAACAUUAUUCCAGAAAAUUCUUCGAGAAACUUGGUAAAUUCGUUAAACGUGAUUCACGAAUGGAAAUAUAUUGAUUAUGAUUUUGGUAGCGACGAAAGAAGACAAAAUGCGAUUCAAUCUGGCGAAUAUGAUCAUACAAAAAAUUAUCCCUUCGACAUCGAUCAAUGGCAUGAUAAGACUUUUGUCACCGUAUUAAGAUACGAUGGUGUGCCUUCUACUUUGAACGUGAUAUCCGACAAAACCGGCAACGGUGGACGCCUUCUACAACCAUAUCCUGAUUGGUCGUGGGCUGAGUAUAAAGAUUGCUCUAAGAUAGUGAGCGCUUUCAAAAUUGCGAUUGACAAAUUCGACAGAUUGUGGGUUCUGGAUUCAGGUCUUAUCAAUAGAACUCAACCUGUGUGUGCUCCAAAGUUGCAUGUCUUUGAUGUGAAGAACUCACAACAUCUUAAACAAGUCGAGAUACCACAUGAUAUUGCCGUAAAUGUCACCACAGAGGGAGAACUAGUGUCUCUAGUUGUUCAAGCCAUGGAUCCUAUGAAUACCUUAGUGUACAUAGCAGAUCACAAGGGUGAUGCUUUAAUCGUCUACCAAAAUUCCGAUGAUUCCUUCCAUCGACUGACAUCUAACACUUUCGAUUAUGAUCCCAAAUAUGCCAAAAUGACAAUCGAUGGAGAAAGUUUCACACUGAAAAAUGGAAUUUAUGGAUUGGCACUUAGUCCCGUGACGAACAAUCUUUAUUACAGCCCUCUCGCUUCCCAUGGUUUGUAUUAUAUUAACACGAAACCAUUCAUGACAUCACAAUUUGAAGAAAAUAACGUGCAAUAUGAAGGGUCUCAAGAUAUUUUGAACACACAAUCAAUGGCUAAAGCAGUAUCGAAAAAUGGCGUCCUCUUUGUCGGACUCGUAGGUAAUUCAGCUCUUGGCUGUUGGAACGAACAUCAACCACUGCAGAGACAAAAUUUAGAAAUCGUCGCUCAGAAUGAAAAGACACUUCAAAUGAUCGCAGGUAUGAAAAUUAAGGAAGAGCUUCCACAUUUCGUAGGACACAACAAACCUGUGAAAGAUGAAUAUAUGUUAGUUUUAAGUAACAGAAUGCAGAAAAUAAUAAAUAAUGAUUUUAAUUUUGACGAAGUAAACUUCCGAAUUUUGGGUGCGAAUGUAAAGAAAUUAAUAAGAAACACUCAUUGCGCAAAUUCUAACAAUCAAAAUGAUAACACACAGAAUGGUAACCAUUGGAAUAUUAACAAUCAAAAUGGUAAUAAUUGGAAUAUUAACAAUCAGAAUGUUAAUAAUCAGAAUGAUAAUAAUCAGAAUGAUAAUAAUCGGAAUGAUAAUAAUCAGAAUGAUAAUCAAGCUCGUCGUUCUUUAAAAUUGCAUUAAAAUUAAUUAAUUAGGAUAUAAACCAAAUAUUUUUUAAAAUAUUUUCUCGAUGUAAAUCAAAUAUUUUAUAAAAUCUUUUUACAUUACAUUAUAAAUGAAUAAAA